AUGUCGGACGACAGCAACAGUUGCGGUGGCGGCUUGACCACGAGAAGUCUGAGAACACGCAAAGAAAAGAAAACAUAUUCAGAAGACUGGGCAUAUGGCGACGAAGAAGAAAUUGAAGGUGUACGAUCCUUUAGCUUACAAGAAAAGCUUGACUCCACACGUUAUUUGAAUCACAACUUUAGUAAACAGAUGGAUGGAAAAGAUUUUACAAUUUCAUACCUUCAGAAACAUGGUUUUGUAAUACCAUUAUUAUUUAAGGAUAAAACAGGUCUUGGAUUACAUGUCCCAAGCCCUAAUUUUUCUGUGAAUGAUGUUCGCACAUGUGUUGGUUCAAGAAGAAUGUUAGAUGUAAUGGAUGUUAACACACAAAAGAAUUUUGAAAUGACUAUGAAAGAAUGGACCAAGUAUUAUGAAGAACCGGUGAAAGAUAAACUUUUAAAUGUCAUUUCACUUGAAUUCAGUCACACCAAGCUAGAAAACUACAUUAAGCGCCCAAAUAUUGUACGAGAAUUGGAUUGGGUCGAUUGCGUUUGGCCUAAGCAUUUGAAAGAGAGUCAAACAGAAUCAACAAAUGUCAUAGAUGAUAUGAUGUAUCCAAAAGUUCAAAAGUAUUGUUUGAUGUCUGUUAAAGGCUGUUACACUGAUUUUCAUAUUGAUUUUGGUGGCACAUCCGUUUGGUAUCAUAUACUUAAAGGAAGCAAGGUUUUUUGGUUAAUACCACCAAGUGAACAAAACAUGAAAUUGUAUGAACAAUGGAUACUGUCUGGGAAACAAGGUGAUAUAUUUUUUGGGGAUACAGUUGAACAAUGUGGACGUGUGUCAUUGAAUGCUGGAGACACAUUCUUCAUACCUACUGGUUGGAUUCAUGCCGUUUAUACUCCCAAAGACUCAUUAGUAUUUGGAGGCAACUUUUUGCACUCUUUUGGUAUUGAGAAACAACUUCGUGUCGCAGAAGUGGAAGAAUCCACCAAGGUACCUCAAAAGUUUAGAUAUCCAUUUUUUACUGAAAUGCUGUGGUAUGUUCUGGAGCGUUAUGUCUAUUGUGAUUUGGGUAAAUCUCAUCUUUCUGAAGGCGUUGAGACUUCACCUUCGCCAGAUGAGCAUAUACAUUUCACUAAACAGGAGCUUCACGGAAUAAAAGCAAUAGUAAAAUAUCUGCAUAUUCUGCCACCGAAUAAAAAAAAUGUUCCUCCUCUAAUCAAAGAUGCUAUUGAGUUGAUCAGAAAUGUGGCCAUUGUGAUAAAUAAACAUAAGAAUGAUAUACCUGAAUAUGCUAUAAGUGGAAAGCCUAUUCUUAAAAUUCAAGGCGAUAAGGAGAGGGAAAGGAGAUUUUAUAAGACAGCUGGUGAUAUGAACGCCAAAGUAAAAACUUCACGAAAAACAGCUUCUGGCGCAGGAGGGCCUAGAAGAAGACGUACAAGAUGUAAAAAAUGUGAAGCUUGUAAACAAGCAGACUGUGGAGAAUGUUCAUUCUGCAGAGACAUGGUAAAGUUUGGUGGACCUGGUCGCGCUAAACAGACUUGUGUGAUGCGUCAAUGCUUGCAGCCAAUGUUACCAAUAACUGCAGCUUGUGGUAUUUGUUCAUUGGACGGCUGGGGUCAACAAAUUAUUAUUCCUAUACAGAAAGCAGCUAAAGAUACUCCUAGCCAACUUAUGGAGUGUAGUGUAUGUUUUGAAAUUGUACAUCCUGACUGCCUAUUGAAACAACCUAUUUAUACUAACAAUGGUACUUACAAUGAAGAUCUACCUAAUAGCUGGGAAUGCCCCAAAUGUUGUAAGGAAGGGAAAGAAAGCAAGCCUCGCCAUUUUCGAGCUAGACAAAAAUCAUCAGAUAUCCGUAGAACUUCUGUCAGUAGCAACGACACUAAUCCACAAAAACGUUGUAAAGACGAAGAAGAAUACAGUGAUACAAAUUCUGAAAGUGAUGGAGACAACGUUUCUAAUAAAAGACUGAAAAUUGAGAAAAAAGAAAACUUAUUAACGGAACGAUCACCACCUUUGCCUUCAACGAGAUGGAUGGAAGAGCAUUCUAUGAAAAUGUUAAAUCGUUCUGUCAAAGUCGAGGAGGCCCAUAUGUCAACGUACAACAACACCACCACCACCACCACCACCACCACCACAACAACAACAACCACCAACAUAACCACGACCUCCACGCCCGCCGCCACCGUCGUCGUCACCCCGACAAUUGCGGAGCUGCCGCCAGCUCCACCGCCACAGGCAUCGCGCAAGAUCGAUUUGCGCAAGCAGCUGGCCAGCCAACUGUCCGGCGGCUCGGGCAAACACUGCAACGUGCUCAAGAAACAGUCUUACGUGUCGAAACCGACCAAAGGUGGCGGGCAUAAGUCUCAGUCUGGUGGACAAAAGUCUCAGGUCGGCGGACAGUCUCAAGGCGGCGGCAACGUAAACGGCUACCAGCAGCAUAACAAUAACCAUCACAAUCACCACCACAACAGCAACAGUAAUCACUGCGGGGACGCGGCGUGCAUGCUGCCGGUGUUCGAGUACCUGACGCCCGCCGAGUUGGCCAAGUGUGCGCUGGUAUGCCGCGCUUGGUCUGCAAUGUCCGUGGACCCUUCGCUGUGGCGCAAGCUGGACGUGACCGGCAAGCGGCUGACGGCGUCGUGCUUGGCCGGCGUGGUGAAGCGGCAACCCGAGGUCCUUCUGAUGGACUGGACGGCCAUCGCCAAGCGGCAGCUGGAAUGGAUGAUCGCCAAGCUGACGCGACUCAAGGUUCUGUCGCUGCAGGGCUGCUCGUGGAGCGGCGUGACGGCGCUGCGCAGCAGCAGCGUGGUACCGCCGUCGUUGGCCGCGCUCGACCUGAGCUACGUGACCGGCAUGACGGACGCGUCGCUCCGGGAUGUACUGUCGCCGCCGUCGGACUCGCGAUCGUCGUCCAACGACAACACCAAUCGGGCGAGGUUCCGGAACCUGCGCACUCUGAAGCUGGCCGGCGUGGACAUCGGCGACGUGUCGCUCAGAUACGUGGUGCAGUACGCGCCCAGCCUGGUCGAACUGGACCUGUCGCAGAACUACCGGAUCACUGAUGCCGGGAUAGCACAGCUCACCACGCCCGUCGGCAAUGCCGUGUCCACGCUCGAGGUGCUCGACCUGUCCGGUUGCGUGGCCGUUACCGACGCCUCGCUCGAACACCUGCUCAAGUGCACGGCUCUGCGCCGAUUGGACUUGAAGCAGACGCCCAAGAUCACCAUGGUGGCCAUCAACAAGUUCCUUGUGGCCAACGACCGGUUCUCGGCCAGCGAGACCCGACUGCUGAUCAAGUCGCCCAUGCCGCCGCCGUCGCCGGUCACGUCGACCGGGAGACGCGAUUCGACGGGCAGCAGUAGUUAA